UUUCGCUGACAAAACAUAUAAAAUAAUCGUUCACAUUCAUCUAAAUCACUAGUUAUAUUCACGUUGAAGUUGAAGUUGAAAACACCCUGAAAACAAUAUGAAAUUCAUGGGCAUAAUUCUUGCGGCAAUCGUUUCGAUUGCAUUUGCCGCACCGUCAAUUGACAAUACAAUCAAAUCUUCGGUUACACAAUUGGAAUGCGUAACAAAAACCAUUCUAUCCAUUGAUCGAAAACAUAAAUUAGGCGAUCUAUGGCAACCCAUUUAUUUCCCAAUGUUAAUGUACACAAAUAGCAUCUACGAAUGCCUUGCAAAUGAAGACGAUGUAUGUGUGGAAGAUGAAAUGAGUUCGGUCCUUUAUACAUUGGCCGAUUUCUUAGAUAACAUUCGAGUGAAUAAUUCGGGUGCUUCACAAGAAAUUCAUGAUGCACUUACCGCACAGUGUAAACUCGAUGUGCCUGAAUUUGAAUACAUGGAAAAUGCAAAAAAGAUUGAUUUCAAAAAGCUUGUUAUUAAAAUUGAGCAUGUCUUAUGCGUAACACGAACAAUAAUAAAUGAAAUUAGCAAAAGUGAUGAUGCGUUGAACUGGAUUCAAUAUCAUUUGGAAUUGAAAGAUUCAGUUGUAAAAAUGGUCGCAUGUAAUAAGUACGUCGGCAUGGAUAAGAACAUGUGCAUCAUCCGAGAAUUGCGCACCACAAUCGAAGUCAUUUUCAAGCUAUGGCAGUUCUUGAGCGAGAAGAAACAUAUCCAAGUUAUCGCCCAGAUCAAAGGCCAAAUCAAAGAACAAUGCCAACAGAAGCCAUUCUAAAUGGUAAAAAGUCACGUCGACGAGACAAAUUAAUGUUGCCAGUGCCACUUCAUAUAAGUGAAAAGAGAAACAAAAUGUAAUAAUGUCGAGUAUUUAAUCUGAAAUUUAAACUAAUUGGUGUUAGUUCGUGUGUUUUUUUUUUUCUAUGCGUAUUGUAAACGAGAUUUUAUUAACGAAAAAAGAAACAAAUAAACGUAGAAAAAUGCCAUAAAACAAAUCA